AUUUGCAUCUGCACCAUGAAUUAUGAUGAAUUUGUGCUCGUUCGCUUGUCCGUUAUUUGUUUCUUGUUGAUUAACAGUUAUACUCUGCACCAGAACUUCCCUCGUCCUUUUGUCGCUUUCCCCGUUGCUCGCGGGUCUGGCUUUGGCUCACUGUCUCGUGGAGUAAUGGUUAGUUCUGGGGCACUUCCGUAACCGGGGAGCGUAAGUGGAGCAACAUAACUCUCCCCCUAAAGGGCUAGAAGACGUAAAAGAGAGAGAUACAUACAUGAAGCCAACGAUCAAUCCAGAAACACGCUUCGUGCUCACAUCAACACAAGCAGAAAUGCCAGCACAAAACCAAAGUGAAAACGAAAAAAAGAAUAAACAAAAGAAC